AUGCAUUUCUCGGACGGCCGAGAUGUACACCGAAUGAAGCCAUCCUAUCUCCGUGGAGAGAUCCCAGCAGACAGCCAGUACAAGGGCACACAAGCUCGAACUUUGCACUGGAUCGCACUUCCGUAUUUCAGCGUUGAACCGUACUCAGGCUUCGAAGCCGGUGCCGGAAGUGCCUCCGCCGUCCCAGCCCCCACCCUGCUACAAAGCCAGUUCUCCCACGUCGCCAAAAGUCGAGAUCUAAGACAGGCCGUUUUCGGGAUUGGAAAUAAUCUACAGCAGGAGGUUUGCCUUCACGUCCCACAACUUUGGUGUCUGAUAUUUGACAAUGGUAGGUUUCAGACUAUUAUGGUCUGUUUUGGAACUUGUGUCAUGUGGUCGAUACCGCUACAUGAAUGCCAGACAUGGUUUGCUUUGACAUCUUGUUUCAGCAAGUUCUGGCCUCAGAAGUUCGAGCUCCUUCACAACAAACGGAAGAUCACGGCAAAAGACUGGCCGGCAAUUUGGGACCGCGCUCGACAUGUCAAAAAUCAUGUUAAGCUGGAACUCUACUUGGGGUACGUAUUAGGGACCUGGAUCUACCGUUCUAUAUUCAGGUCUCGAGUGACUGACUUGCUGAGUGCACGACUUAUGGCGCCACAGCGCGGAAGACUACUCCCUGACAUUGCGAGCAAAGGGAAAGGGAAUAUGCAGAGCUCAACAAGUACCGCGCAUGAAGACACUUCAACGAAACCCGGUACUGCAGGAGAUGGCGGCUCAUCCUCUGCAACUGUCGAGACCACAGACGGAAGAUUCACCAACGCUAACGGGUUUGCUAUCUUUACUUGUAUGACUGGCGUAUCGACCCCAAACUCCGAUGACAGCGUUGAAGAUGCAUUACUCGAGCAGCUUGUGGAAAUCCGUGAUUGGCUGCUCUACAUGCCGAGCUUCGGUGACGCGAAAGCCUACAAGUCGUGUACUAAAGAUACGCGUGCUUCUGUGCGUCGCUACCUGGAGAAACGGGCGGCGGAGCUGAGUUCUGUCGAGUCGCAAGGUCGAAAAGACCAGCGUGCCCAGCGGGACUUUGAGGACAGGAUCGACAUCUUCAAUGCUGCCGAAACAAUCUUUGCCUUCUUCCUCUCCCUAGACUUUGAUGGGCCGACCGUGAGGAGAUAUUGGGGGGCUGUCAGGACCAUCAUCGGAGAGAAACGCGAGGGUCAACAUCGGUACCAAGCUUCCAUGUAUACCAUGAGACAUCAGCUGAGAAUGCAAGCCUUGGACUUGAGUCAGCUCAGCGAGAUUCUCUCUGCCGCCCAUGGCGCCGAUUGUGCUCAGAUCACCGUGCCGACCCAGAUUAUCGACGCCUGGAUCCAUCUACUUCUGGGCCUGGCCAGCUUCCCAAGAGACAGUGACCGUUCCGAGCGGCUGAUUGGCGAUGCGAGGCGAGCUGCAACAGAGGGCGCCAACAUAAUCAUCACCUCACUCUCCCCCAAGUCUCUCGUUGAGAAUUCCGUCAUCCUGCCCCUGGAGAUAUUCUCCUUGAUUAGCUUGAAGCUCAUACAAAGCGCCCCCAAUGUACCUGAUUCACCCUCGAACAAGGAAAAAGCGAACACAUACAGCGACGUUGCUCAGAUCUACCGCAACCGUCUCGACAAAAUUGAGACGGACAUAUCGAAGAGACCAAGUGACAGGGCCAAUGAAGAGAACCUCAAACUCGUCGGUGAGGAAAUCCAAGUCAUAUUGCAGACACUCCUCCAGCAAUAUGUCAUCUUUUCUCUGCUCUUGGAGAAUGCGAAUCAUGCGAUCGACAAUACUACCACUUUUAAAGAAAAACCGAUUGUCCAGGCUGCCGGUCACUCCAGGUCUAUGCUGGUGUUCAUCCAGUUGUGGAGCCGCGACCGUGAGCCUGGUUAUCGAGAUCAUCAACACCGAGAGACAGAGGUUCGGGCUUGGGAGUAUGGUCGGGAGCAUUCAAAGUUCGACAUGUACGACAACCCUUUCGCAUUUGACCUGGCCAGCGAGGAUAGCCUGUUCAAAGUCAAACCGACCGAUCCCGGCGGAUAUCGAAAGCUUCUUCUUCUCGAAUGCCACUCCAAGACUGACCUUUUGAAGCAAGAGUUCCAUCAGCUGGGAGCCAGGUGGGCGAACCUGAGGGCGAUGAGCCAAUAUGGCGCAGACACGACAAAAUUCCGACAAGACAAAGCCAUCUACGCCUUCACUAUUGUCACCGUCAUCUUUCUCCCCCUAAGCGCCAUAUCCAGCAUCUUUGGCAUGAACACGGCCGAUAUCAGGGACAUGGAGGAUAGCCAGAGGAUCUAUUGGGCCACGGCCAUCCCGGUGACGCUCGCUGUGAUAUUGUUCGGUCUUUACUGGAUGGGUGAGCUGGGAAAUACCUUCAAGUGGGUGUUUUGGAGUUUGGGAUCUUGGAUAUUCCGUAAAGUGGCGGGAGACCGCGAAAAGGGACGAAAGAUAGUGGACAGGUGGUUUGGACAGACGGACCCGGUUCCGCUGGGUCUGCCAAGUCAUAUGCAGCCGGCGUAUCCUAUCGGUCCGGAACGCAGGCCGACGUAUAAUCCAGAGAGACCCGCGAGAUCGGUUUCUAGUGACGAAUCUGUUGAUAUACGUUAUCGCAGCAGGUUUGUGUAG